GCAUACUUAUGUACAUUCAUAAAUCGGAAGGAGGUCAUAAGGGGAGCAAGUAAAUCCUGCAUGGCCUACCGUUGUCACCCAUUUUCUAUGAACUGUGAAACGGCUUAAGUAUUUACCUUUGCGGUUUGCGAACCGCAUCAUUGACAAGGUGCUAAUCGAUUUUAAUGUGGUCGCUGCUCAUUAACUCUAUUAUUUAGUGUAUGCGCCCUCUUAGGCAUAUGUAAAUAGAUCUGUACCCCUAAUGAUAGUUUUAAAUUAUUUCAUAAUCGAUCUCUAUUACAAAAUGCACAAGUUCACAUUGUUUUUGGCCAUUUUUGGGUACGUGUUGGAUUUUAGUGAAGUUUUCGCAUUAAAAUAUCCGCCUUUGGACUGGUGGCAAAAAGGAGUCUUCUAUCAAAUAUACCCGCGAUCUUUCAAGGACAGCAACGCUGACGGCAUUGGCGAUUUACGAGGUGUCGCAGAAAAGGUUUGGUAUCUGAAAGAUAUCGGAAUAACAGCUGUAUGGCUCAACCCAAUCUUUGAAUCACCACUCGUGGAUUUCGGCUACGAUAUCUCGAACUACACCAGAAUCGAUCCUGAUUUCGGAACCGUCGAAGACCUAGAAUACUUGAAAGAUGCUCUUCACAGAGGAGGAAUAAAGCUGUUGCUUGAUUUUGUUCCAAACCACACUAGCGACCGCCACUUGUGGUUUCGAAAGUCUGUCGCCAGGGAAGAACCUUAUACAAAUUUCUACGUUUGGAAAGAUGGCAAAGUCGUCAAUGGUCAGCGCUUGCCCCCAAAUAAUUGGCGGAGUCAGUUUGCCGGAUCUGCGUGGACUUGGAAUGAAGAGAGACAGCAAUAUUUCUAUCAUCAGUUCCAUACUAAACAGCCAGAUUUGAAUUACAACUGUAAAGAGCUAGUCAGAGAAAUGAUCUCAACGUUAAAAUUUUGGUUGGAUCGAGGCGUGGAUGGCUUUCGUAUGGAUGCUGUGACGUACAUGUACGAAGACCCGAACUGGGCGGAUGAGGAAUUGCUGAAUUCGAACCUAGACCCCGAGGACUACUGGUCCUACAACCACUCAGCCACCAUGGACCAGCCGCAGACGUACAGAAUGAUUACAACUUUCAGGGAAAUUCUCGACGAUUAUACAAGAAAAGACGGUCAGACAAGAGUUAUGUUAACGGAGGCAUACACGAGCCUGGAUAAAACAAUGCAGUAUUACAAAUUUGGAGACAAACCAGGAGCGCACAUGCCUUUUAAUUUCUUGUUCAUCACAGUAAUCGACGGUAUGUCUCCAGCCAAAGAAUAUCAAAAAGUCAUCCAAGCAUGGAUGAGGAACAUGCCCGAGGGAGGUUGGGCAAAUUGGGUGAUCAGCAAUCACGACAACCAUCGUCUGGCGUCGCGGUACGGGACCGACUUGGUGGAUGGACUGAACAUGAUGGGCCUGCUUCUCCCCGGUUCGGGUAUCACCUACUACGGCGACGAGAUAGGCAUGGAAGACACCAAUGUCAGGUUUGACGAGGGAGUUGACCCGCAGGCUUGUGACCUCGGCCCCGAGAAGUACGGCCUCUACACCCGCGACCCAGAGAGGACACCCUUCCAAUGGGACACCUCCUUAAACGCAGGAUUUUCUGCCAGUUUGAAAACAUGGUUACCGAUUAACUCAAAUUACUGGCGCUUGAAUUUGAAAGCACAGAUACACUCGGAAGGCAACAGCCAUUACAAAGUUUACAAACGUUUGAUGGACCUCAGAAAAACCGACACGAUGAUGUAUGGUAGCCUAGAGACUCAUGUCCUCUCAAAAUGGGUUUUCUCUUUUGCAAGGCACCUGAAUGGUACUGACACUUACGUGAUAGUGAUCAAUUUGGGGAGUGAGACUGCGCCAAUUGACCUGUCCGCUUUUAUGAGUGAUUUACCAGAAAAAAUGAAAGUUCAUACGGGCAGUAUCAACAGUCGUCAUAUGCCCGGUGAGAAUGUGAACACCGCUGAGUUUUUCCUGCGACCUAAGGCCUCUCUGAUACUGACGACUGCUUCAGAAGUGCCGUCUCCAGGCUACAAGAACCCCUCAGCAGCAGCAACAUCCAGCUUGUCUACCGCACUCGCUCUUUUUUCACUGUUCCUGUACUGUAAAUAUUCCCUGUAAAAUUGCCAAUUCGUUGAUACUCUUACUGAAACGAAAUUCAGUAGAUUUGAGACUUGUGCGUCAAUACCACGAUAUUGAGCAGGACAAGCAAAUAGCGUUUUACAUCAAAUUGAUGGAUUUCUAUGUGGUAAAUACUGAAAUAGGGAAAUAUUUACUGUUUAUUUAUGAAUACAAUAUAAAAAUUUCAACCAUUAUUGGUUUGAAAUUAUGAAAUCGUUGAGCGACCGUAAGAGUGUCAUGACUACGCUGCGUGAAACUAUGGAUUGAAAAAUUGACCAGCCUCCUUCCUCAAUAUUAAACUCAAUCAAAAUUGAUUUGCAUUUAUGUAAAAACGAAGAAAAAAAUAUACUUGUUUCAUGAUGUAGCGUAUACAUUACAAUAUCUCUACCAAAAAAAUCUAGAUUUCCUUGAACAUCAAGUUCAAAAGGCAAAAACAUUUUGAAGAUGCGGCUGAUAACAACAUGAACUGCGAACUUGUUCCAUUCUAAAUAAUGAGCUAUUUGGAAAAUUUGACUGUCUCGUUUUGAAACGAGAAUUAAAAAUUGUCAGUAUAGUACUAAUAAUUUAAUUUCUUUGUAUUAUUCCUUCUUCCUCAAAUUCGACCUCCCAGAAUCAAAUUAUAGCAAUAUCAGCCUCCCAUUGAAAUUAAAUCUAUGUAAACUAAUGAUAUUUAUAUGGUCAAAUAGUAUUUUUUCUAACUCGCGUCAGUAAAUAUGAUAUUCUUUGUAUACAUUGUACAUUUGUAAUUAUGCUUAUAAAUACACGAAUCGUUGUUUUGUUUUCAAA